AUGUAUUCAUGUUCACCACCUACUUCGAAGAAAAUAAAGAUAAAUCGAAUGAAAUAUAAUUCACAAGCUAUCUAUUUGUUUCUAACCAAUAUUUUGAGAGAGCGAAAUCACAGAAUGAUAAAAGUAUCAAUAAUUCUUCUGCUCCUACUUAAUUGCGAGCUUGUUAUACCACAGGAUGUAGCAGGUGGAGAAAAUAUAGAUACAACAACUGAUACGACAUCAACGACUUAUUCCGAAUUAGUCAGCUCCACAGAACUGAUAUCUACGACAAACGUUCCUGAAACCAGUGUCGAACAAACCAGCGGGGAACAGACAACCAAUGAGACUGAUGGCACUGCUACGGAUUCAUCAACAGAUGAAACGCGCAAUACUGAUUCAUCUACCAAUCAAGUUGAAAUGGGCAUCAUUGUGUUGAUAAUAUUCGUUGGUAUCCUAACUUUGACAGCUGUCGCAUCAAUUAUAUACCAUGUAUUACGAAAAGAUAAGUCUGAAAAUGUGACUGUCAUUCGGAUUUUGUAAUCAUCGGGCUAGUAUGAUUGUCUUCAAUGAUUCUUGGCAGUUUUUACAGUGUGAAGAAGUAAACAAUUGAGAUAUUACAACAAUCAAUACCAUUUUUAGACAAUUUAUAUCAUUUUUUAUUUUAUAUACUCAGUGGAAUGACAGUUUACUGAGUUUAUUCAAACUGUACAUUUUUGUUUGUCUUUCUUACAAGAAUUCUAAUUUUAUUAUGAGAACUAAAAUUGCUUAUAUAAUUGAUUAGUUUAAUAAACACUAUUUGUGUUUUAAUUGAUAGAA